UGAAUUUUCUUUACAUGGUAAUGGUUAUAAUUAGUGACGGUUGUAGUCAUUUGCUGAUUAAGUUUUUCAGCCAAGGACUUUUUCGAUUCCCAGUUAUAUUUUUAACGAAAUGUAUUUAAUUUUCCUUUCAUAUUUCGUGUCUAAAUUUUUGAAUAACCUCGAAUAUAAUCAGACUUUGGAUCUGAAGUUCAACGGAUAAACGUCGGUCAAACCGAGUGUAUGCCCUACGAAAUUAAACAUGUAGCUAGAACUCAAGUUUUGAAGGCUGAAGGUUUCAAGUCAACAACUUAUGUAGUAAGUUUUAAUAUUCAAAAUUCAGGCUUAUGUACGUCUACCUCCAAUAAUUUUUUCAAGACCACAUCAUUAGUUAAUGGAGCUUUGUCGCAUUAUCCUUGUAUUGCUUUCCAGUAUUAUAUUCUUGAUCGUGUCAUGUUUUGCUGCAUUUGAUAGAGUACAUAUAAAUCAACCAAUCAAAGAUGGCAACACCAUUGUUUCAGAUGGUGAGAUGUAUGAACUGGGGUUUUUUAGCCCCGGAAAGUCAAAGAAUCGAUAUUUGGGGAUAUGGUACAAGAAGAUAUCACCUCGUACAGUUGUCUGGGUUGCUAACAGGCAGACACCAAUCACUGAUUCAUCUGGGGUGUUUGAAGUCACUACAGAAGGAAUCCCAAAGAUUUACAUUGGUGAUAAUAAUGUCAUCUGGUCAUCAAAUGUGACAUCGGUCUUCGGCAGGAAUAUGAAUCCUGUGGCACAGCUUUUGGACACCGGAAAUCUUGUUGUGUGGGAUGGCUAUGGCAACAAAGAAAAACUGAUCUGGCAAAGUUUUGACUAUCCUGGUGACACUUUGCUACCAGGAAUGAAAUUUGGGAAGGAUUUGAUAACAGGAAAGGAGAGGUACUUCACAUCUUGGAAGAGCCCUAAUGAUCCUUCUGUAGGUUUGUAUAAUUUCCGGGUAGACACAAAUGGAUAUCCACAGAUUUUUUUGGGAGAAGGUGAGGCUGAAACCUUGAGGCUUGGACUUUGGAAUGGUGUUGGCUUUCAAGGGAUUCCUGAGGAAACCAUGAAUCCAAUUUUCUCCACGGAAUUUGUUGUGAAUCAGAAAGAAAUAUAUUAUAGAUACAAACUUAAGAGUACAACUAUUCAGAGGCUUAUUUUGGCGUGGGAUGGCAUGGCACGGCGGUUGCAGUGGAUCAAGCGAACCCAAGAAUGGGUUGAGUAUGCAAAUGUAGUGGUUGAUGCUUGUAGUCGUUAUGGACCAUGUGGUCCUUUUGGAAGAUGCAGCAUGAAAAGUUCUCUACCUUGCAGUUGUUUGGAAGGUUUUGAACCAAGAGUCCUAGAAGAAUGGAAUGCAGGGGAUUGGUCAAGUGGGUGUCAACGUAAAAAGCCAUUGGAUUGUAGGACUCCAGAUGUCUUCCAUAAAAUUUCAGGAGUGAUCUUUCCAGACACACGACGUUCAUGGUACAACGAGAGCAUGUCCCUUGGAGAAUGUGAGAUGGCGUGCAGAAGGGAUUGUAAUUGUACUGCUUAUGCUAAUUUAGAUAUCAGAAACGGGGGAAGUGGAUGCUUGCUGUGGUUUGAUGAGCUAAUGGACAUUAGAGAAUGUGAUGAUCAUCAACAACUCUACAUAAGGAUUGCAACCUCUGAGCUAGCAGGUACACAAAUUUUAUUCUAUAUAUUACAGUGA